AUGAAACAGCAAGUCGCUGAACAGGAACGCAAAGAAUCUUUUCCUGCUGAACCCCUCAAGGUCUUCACUGAUUCCACCCAGUCUAUCAAUGUACCUGGCACCAAAAAUGUCGGCAAGGAAGUACCACCACAAGUUCUUCAGACUAAUCUCAUUAAUGACUCUGAUGAUUUGUUUGACUUAUCACUCUCUCUAUCUCUCUUUCCCCAUUUCCUUUUACUCUCUUUUCCUAUCACUAAUCAACCAUUAUCUCUCUCUCUCUCUCUCUUUCCCUCUCUCUCUCUCUCUGCUACCAUAGGUGUCUCAGGAUGGAGAUGGGUGGAGAUGGAAAUAUUGGGUGUAGGAGAAAUAAACAAAAACAAAUUGUUCUCUUUUAAGCAUGUACAUGUGGGAGGAAAGAGGUCAGGCUUACAUUUCAAGCAAAGUGAUACUUUGUACACGCAGAAGAGAGAGAUAAAAUGUUAUUCUAUUUAUCUAUCACUCUAUCUUUUCUCUAUUUAUCUAUCUUUUCUCUAUUUAUCUAUCACUCUAUCUUUUCUCUAUUUAUCUAUCACUCUAUCUUUUCUCUAUUUAUCUAUCACUCUAUCUUUUCUCUAUUUAUCUAUCACUCUAUCUUUUCUCUAUUUAUCUAUCACUCUAUCUUUCCAUUUAUCUAUCAAUCUUUUCUCUAUUUAUCUAUCAUUCUUUUCUCUAUUUAUCUAUCAAGAAAUUCUUCAAAAAUCAAUCUUUUCUGAUUUAUCUAUCACUCAUCUUUUCUCUAUUUAUCUAUCACUCUAUCUUUUCUCUAUUUAUCUAUCACUUAUCUUUUCUCUAUUUAUCUAUCACUCCCCUCUAUUUAUCUAUCUUAUCUAUCAUUCUCUAUCUUUUCUUUUAUCUAUCUGCAGAAUUUUAGUUGAGCUAUUUUACUCUGUUCAUUAUUAUCUAUCUAGUCUGUUCAUAUCUCUCUCUCUCUAUCUCAGUCUGUUCAUAUCUCUCUCUCUCUCUAUCUCAGUCUAUUCAUAUCUCUCUCUCUCUAUCUCAGUCUAUCUCAGUCUCUCUCUCUCUAUCUCAGUCUGUUCAGUCAGUCUGUUCAUCUCUCUCUCUCUCUAUCUCAGUCUGUUCAUAUCUCUCUCUAUCUCAGUCUGUUCAUAUCUCUCUCUAUCUCAGUCUGUUCAUAUCUCUCUCUCUCUCUCAGUCUGUUCAUCCACUCUCUCUCUAUCUCAGUCUGUUCUCUCUCUCUCUCUAUCUCAGUCUGUUCAUAUCUCUCUCUCUCUAUCUCAGUCUGUUCAUAUCUCUCUCUCUCUCUAUCUCAGUCUGUUCAUAUCUCUCUCUCUCUAUCUCAGUCUGUUCAUAUCUCUCUCUCUCUAUCUCAGUCUGUUCAUAUCUCUCUCUCUAUCUCAGUCUGUUCAUAUCUCUCUCUCUAUCUCAGUCUGUUCAUAUCACUCUCUCUAUCUCAGUCUGUUCAUAUUUCUCUCUCUCUCUCUAUUUCAGUCUGUUCAUAUUUCUCUCUCUCUCUAUUUCAGUCUGUUCAUAUUUCUCUCUCUCUCUAUCUCAGUCUGUUCAUAUUUCUCUCUCUCUCUCUGUCUGUUCAUAUUUCUCUCUCUCUCUCUGUCUGUUCAUAUUUCUCUCUCUUUCUCUCUCUGUUCAUAUUUCUCUCUCUCUCUCUCUCUGUUCAUAUUUCUCUCUCUCUCUGUUCAUAUUUCUCUCUCUCUCUCUCUGUUCAUAUUUCUCUCUCUCUCUCUCAGUCUGUUCAUAUUUCUCUCUCUCUCUCUCUCUGUUCAUAUUUCUCUCUCUCUCUCAGUCUGUUCAUAUUUCUCUCUCUCUCUCAGUCUGUUCAUAUUUCUCUCUCUCUCUCUAUUUCAGUCUGUUCAUAUUUCUCUCUCUCUCUCAGUCUGUUCAUAUUUCUCUCUCUCUCUCUCAGUCUGUUCAUAUUUCUCUCUCUCUCUCUCAGUCUGUUCAUAUUUCUCUCUCUCUCUCUCUCAGUCUGUUCAUAUUUCUCUCUCUCUCUCUCUCAGUCUGUUCAUAUUUCUCUCUCUCUCUCAGUCUGUUCAUAUUUCUCUCUCUCUCUCAGUCUGUUCAUAUUUUUCUCUCUCUCUCUCAGUCUGUUCAUAUUUUUCUCUCUCUCUCUCUUUCUCUGUUCUGUUUUCUCUUCUCUCUCUCUCUCAGUCUGUUCAUAUUUCUCUCUCUCUCUCUCUCAGUCUGUUCAUAUUUCUCUCUCUCUCUCUCUCAGUCUGUUCAUAUUUCUCUCUCUCUCUCUCAGUCUGUUCAUAUUUCUCUCUCUCUCUCUCUCAGUCUGUUCAUAUCCAUCUAUCUUUGUCUACUCAUAUCUAG